UCGACACACAUUAUCAUGAUGUAUCGACGCGCUCCAUGCGCUAGCUUCAUUGUUUUGGUGCUGUUUCAGUUCAGUGAGUCGUGCGAGCUGGGGCCUGUUCAUGCCUUUGUGCCUAAGAGACUGCCUGCCGGUUACGUUAUCUCAAAAGGAACAGAUGAAUUAAAUUUAAAACGUUGUGAAGGGGUCAGACCAGUGGCCUUCACUUCAAGCGAUCCAGACUUCGUUGUAAAUACAGAUGGAACCAUCAUCACAGUUCGUGAUAUGGUGAUCACCACAAAACGGUUUUAUGUACUGGUGCAGGAUGACAGUGGUCUACAAUCGAAGUUGGACAUUACCCUGACAUGUAGAGAUGAGGACUCCCAGAAGUCCGUGGCGGUUCAGAGGCGUUUUAAGAGAAAAUGGAGACUUUUGACUUACUCUAUUAGUGAAAAUGACACUCCUCCAUUCCCUAAGGAUGUGGAUACGAUUGCAUCAGAAUCUGCUGUAAAUUACACCGUGUAUUAUGUGCUCAGCGGGCCGGGUGUUACGACAGAACCUGUUGGUCUGUUCCUGCUGGACAAGACAACCGGCAUGAUCCGUGUGACCAGGGCCGUUGACCGUGAACAGUACCCACAAUUCAGUUUUAAGGCUCAGGUGUUUGACAAAAUUACCAAUCAAGAAACUGACGAAUUUCUGCCCUUUAAUGUGAAUGUGGAGGAUCAGAAUGACAACGCCCCUGAGUUUUCCGGAAGUCGUGCUUUCACCGUGCAAGAACACAGCUCUGCAGGUACUUUCGUAGGGUUAAUAAGUGCCACAGAUAGAGAUCAGGCUGGAACCCUACACAGCAAGAUCAAGUUUAGUCUAUUCAAUGCUACAGACUGGUUCUCCAUCAAUGGUGAGACAGGAGCAUUAAGUGUUAUAUCCAACACCUUAGAUAGAGAGGCUCAGGAGAACGUCUACGUUGGCAUUGAGAUAAGAGAUAUGUCCGGCGCAUCAAAUGGGCUCUUCAGCAGAGGGGCUGCUAAGGUUACGCUCACAGACGUUAAUGAUAACCUACCCACUUUUAAAGAGAAGUUGUAUAAGUGCAAUGUGACAGAAAACCAACAAAAUGUGCUAGUUCUCAUAAUCCCAGUCGAGGACAAGGACCUAAUACACACCCCUAACUGGAGGGCCCUGUUUGAGGUCACCAAAGGAAAUGAGAUUGGAAAUUUCAGGAUGGAGACAGACCCUAAAACCAAUGAUGGGCUUCUCUAUGUUGUAAAGCCACUAGAUUAUGAACAAACUCCUGUGGCAAAGUUGGAAGUAACUGUCCGUAAUGAAGCUCCAUUGGUGGGGACCAGAGCCAGUUGGAACUCUGUACCGGUGGAGCUCUCGGUGGGAUAUGAAGAUGAGGGUCCCGAAUUCACUCCUCCCAUUCUACAUGUUAAUGUCAGGGAGAACCUUCCAAAUGGAACCAGCAUUGGAUUUUACACGGCUCUGGACCCAGAGACCAAAACCAGCAAGGGAAUCAAGUAUUAUAAGCUCACUGACCCAGGAAACUGGAUCACUGUGGUGGAGAACACUGGAGAACUGAAAGUGGCCAAUACUGUUGACUGUGAAUCACCAUUGGUUCUUAACAACCUUUACAAUAUAACCAUCAGAGCAGUGGAUGAAAGUAAGAAGACAGGAAAUGGAACAGUUAUAAUCCAUAUCCAAGAUGUGAACGAUAACAUGCCUCUUCUUCCGACAUCCGAGCUGGUCUUGUGUAGUCAGGAUGAUACACUGGGCUCGGUCCUGGUCGAAGCUGAGGACAAAGACCAGUCACCUUACUCAACACCCUUUAUUUUUAAUCUUGGAGCAGUGAAUGAUGGGAAAUGGAAACUGAAAGAUAUUACAAGUUCCUCUGUGGUGCUGGAACAGACUGCGUUCUUGCCCAACGGCCUGUACAGUGUACCGCUGAUGGUGAUUGAUCUGCAGGGAUUUGGGAAAGAGCAAAAUGUGAAUGUGCAUGUUUGUUCCUGCGAGAGGGAGGAACAUGGUGUGGGAAUAUGCAGGGCUCUGAGCGCCUCUGCCUCUCUGGGAAGCUGGGGCAUCCUCAUCUUAGUUCUCUCUGGCCUGCUGCUCCUGUCAUGUUUGUUGCUAAACUGCAUGUGCAGCACUAAGAGAGAAAAGGUUUAUAUAAACAAUGACAUUGAUGGAACUGGUGGAAUGCUGCUUAAAUCCAACACUGAAGCUCCUGGUGAAGAAGUGAAAGAUGGAGCUUUGAUGAAGCUGCACAGUGCAGAUAUUAUGGACGGGUCAGUUAAUAACAUGGCUGUGGACAUGAAGAAUGUAGGUCUGUCUGGGAGUCGCUAUGGUCAGCAAUCUUUCCACGGUGGAGGCAUCUACAACAGCACCACCCAGGAGUUUGGGACAGAGAAUAUCCGCUCAUCUGGCAUUUUCGAUACCAAUCUCUACGGCUCCAGCACCAUGAUAAGGAAGCAAGGAAGCAUGAACACUUUCAGACAUGGAACCUUGAAUGCGUGGAAAAUGAAUAAGCAGCUAUUGGACAAAAAACUGGCCUACCUUGGAGACGAAGAGGAGGGGCGGUAUGCAGAUGACCUGAUGAAGGUUUAUGGGAACGAGGGAGUGGGGUCUGCCGCAGGCUCUAUAGGAUGUUGUAGCAUGCUGGAACAGGAACAGGAUUCAUCAGACUUUUUAAACACUCUAGGACCAAAAUUCAGACCUCUGGCCGACAUCUGCACCAGGCCAACUCGUGGUGGGAAAUAAUAGAUUUGAUUGGCACAGAAGAGUACUUUAUUCCUUGGACCUUGAAACCAAACUGCAAAAUAUAUAUUCAGCAAUAUUAUUGUGUUAUUUUUAAGAAAUAUCCCAUUAUCCUUAUAACAACAUUCAUUUACUUGAUAUACCUUAAUCAAGAUAGAUUUUUGCUUCUCAAGAUAUAGAACCUUUAUAUUUUUGCGAUCCAAGUACAUUUAUCUGGUUAUAAGGAUGUUUAUUUUGUUUAGAUGCACAUCAGAUCUGUUGAUGAAGAAAAUGAGUUUUCAAAGGAGUGCAAGUUUUGCUGGAUUUAUUAAUGUGCGAGUGUGUUUGUGUGCUCGUGUUUCACCUUUUGUAUGAGUGUGUAAGUGUGUUACAACCAAACAAGCCUUUUAACUAUAUUUGCUACACGUGGAUCUGCUUUGCACACCACACUUUAUCCUCACAGAGCAGAGAAGCGACAGGUUAAAUAUUAGUAUAAAGAAGAAAAGACGUUUGUAUUUUUCUGGUCAAUUGAAAUUCUCAGCUCUGUGAAGUAUUACCUAAGUCUAUAUUUACAAGAAAAUUAUGAAUGUGAC